CAACUCAAGUGUAACUCCACUAAGGCUCAUGGAUUUGAAGAGAGUGUUGUCCUUCCCACCAUACCCUGGGGAUUACCUACAUCCAGUGGUGUAUGCCUGCACUGCAGUCAUGCUGCUCUGUCUGCUUGUCUCCAUUAUGACCUAUAUCGUCCACCAUAGUGUCAUCCGCAUCAGCAGAAAUGGCUGGCACAUACUCCUCAACUUCCUCUUUCACACGGGACUAACGUUUGGAGUUUUUGCCGGCGGCAUCAAUCAGGUCAACCUGCCUUUCGUGUGUCAGAUUGUUGGCAUUGUGCUCCACUAUGCUUCUUUGUCUACCAUGCUGUGGCUGACAUUUACAGCUAGGAACAUCUGUAAAGAUGUGUGCAAAGACCCACUUCGGGCUCAGGACAGGAAUGGGCCGGCCAAGACUCGCACCAAACCAACCGUCUUCAGAUUUUAUCUUGUCAGUGAUGGAAUCCCUCUCAUAAUUGUUGGAGUUACAGCAGCAUUCAGUAUGGAUAACUAUGGCAGCAGGGAUGGUGCUUUGUAUUGUUGGAUGGCAUGGGAACCAAGCCUGGGAAGUUUCUAUGCCCCCAUGUCUCUUCUGGUCUUGGUCAUGUCUGUGUACUUCUUGUGCACCUACAUCCAGCUCAAACGCCAUCCGGAGAGGAGGUACGAGCUGCGAGUUCUGAGGGAGGAGCAGCAGCAGUUAUCGUCCAGUGAGUCAAAUCAUCACUGCCACAUAGAUACUGGUGGAGCAUCGGGCCUUGCUGUGGACUGUCCACCAUUUGCUACAGGUGUUUCAGUGCUGGCCAAUGAGCACUCUUUUAAAUCUCAACUCCGAGCCACAGCCUUCACCCUCUUUCUGUUCCUGUCUACCUGGGCUUUAGGGGGAUUGGCUGUAUCAAUGGGACAUUUCCUGGAUAUGAUAUUCAGCUGCCUGUAUGGGGCUUUUUGUGUCACCCUUGGACUUUUUCUUCUAAUACAGCACUGUGCCAAACGUGAUGACGUGUGGCACCGCUGGUGGGCUUGUUGCCCAUCCAAGUCCAAGACAGAGGAAAGGAAUGGGGGAGGACAGAGCCAGAGGCAGGGGCUCCAUCAGCCCCACUGCCACCUAAACUCCCCCUGUACGGGCAAGCAGCCCUCCCCUCACUUUAUGCAAAGUUCUUACCACACAAUGCCACCACCUCCCCAGCUCCCCUCACUCAACCACACAGGUCCAUGCUGCGUGGCUGUAAUGAGUCCUGUUACCACAGGCUCACUCUCACCUCUACCUGAGCCAAUGCCUUCACCACGUCCCCAGUUACUCCUUGAUGAGCUGCCUCGUCCCGUUCUGCCCCUUCAGAGCUGCCUUAUCGAUAGAACAAAGUCAUGCUCAUUCAACCUCCCACGCCCAUGCCUCCAGGACUACCGUUCUCACAUGACUUCUGUCAGUAUGGAUGAGAGUGUUCAAAGCUCCCACCUAGAGAGCCCUGCACAUCACCUUGAAGGCUCGCCACUGGUUUCCAACAGCCAACAUCCAGAUAUCCAGCUUCCCUGCCCAAGCCCUCACUUGGAUAAACAGCAGCUUUCCUGCCACAGCUUGCAACGCCAGACCUCCUGCCAUAGUGUUCAAGACUCAAUGACUUCCUGCCACAACCACCCACACAACUUGCAUGACAGCAUGAGUUCCUGUCACAGCCUCCUCCUGCCUUCUCAUGGGGUCCACGCCUGCCAGUGGCGCAUGUACAGCUCAGCUGAUCAUUCUUCCGACACAAGCUGCUGUGAAAAGCCUGAUCCUUUCACCUUGCAGUAUCAGCCAGGCCCUGAAGCUUACAGCUGUAUGCCAAAGACAGCAGACAAAGAAAAGGAUAAACUCUGUGUAGAGGAGGACCAGAAAGGUUUCCCAAGGAAUACACUGCCUCGGCAGCAUGCCACCAUCAGCCUACGAGGCACCAUUGCCCGUAACAGGAGCCUGCAGGAAGACAGCCUGUUUGGUUCAGACGUCACAAGAAACAUACGGACUGGCCCUUGGAAGAAUGAAACCACCGUAUAGUUUCUUACACUUGUGCAUGUCAGACCCCUCAACAGCCCUCGAGUCAAACUACUCCCUCAGUGUUAAGUGAGUGUCACUGCCUUCAGCUUUGCCCUUAAACUACAGGUGGAAUUUUCAGCGAGGCCUCAUAUCCUGAUGAUAUUUCAGAACCCUUUAUGACAAACUUUGUGUGUUAUAAGUCAGUUUUAUAAGGACUAUUCAAAAAUGAGAAACAAAAAGAAUUAACAAUGAAUAUAUUUUAUGCUUCAUGCAGUUUAAGGUUGCAGUCAGUAUUUUACAGCUUGUGUAGGGGGAAAGCUUAGUUUGCAAUGUCUGUUAAUGGGAUCAGUUCAUCUCAGUUGCUUGGGAAUGCUUUGGACCUGUGAAGAUCUUAACUUCUUUCACUUAAAUAAAUAUUCUCUCAAGUCUUCAACGAUUCAUGCACCCCUUUGCAAGCAAGUGGGAAAUUAUGAAGCUUCCAUCAUCUUUCAAAUGCUGCACAUAUACUUACAUAUAGAGGUCUUCACGUGGACCCAAUCCAAAGAAAAAGGGAUCCCACCCAAGAGUGACCCAAGGACAGCAAGAGCUGAUCUGAAUGGACCAUGAGGAAAUUAGACCUGAUUUAGAAAAUGGUCAGUAUUAUGCAAAGAGGAAGUGUCACUGAUUGCACCUUUAAAUACUUGGAUAGAUCUGUUUUAAAGGGGUAAUAUCUAAUUAUUUUUGAUUAAAAACGAUCUAUAAUGCUCUUCCUUAUUGUGUUAUAUUUAGUGUAACAGUGUUGGAAGUCCAUAUUAAAUGUGGCCAAUGUAUCAGUGAGGUAAGGAUAUGUUACGAUAAUCCCUGUGAGACAAAAUCUGACCUUUUUUGUGAAGAGCAGACAUCUCUCAGUCACAUCAUCUGCACUAACCACAGCUCAUUCUGCCUAUGUUUAGCCCAUAAAAUGUGUGGAAUAUCAGAGAGACCAGAUGGACGUCCAAAUUAAAUUGGAAAAGGUGGAUGCUGUACUUUGAGGCGGUGGAAGUAUUUCACUGAGAUGAAACAUGUAAAAGACAUUAGCAAGGUGUGUUUUCAUCUGUGAGUACGUGAGGGAGUCAUUUGCAGCUCCUCUGGAUGCAUGGCAUUGCCACUAUCUUGUCAAAGUGUUUUUGUGAUCCGGUGUCAUUGCUAUAGUAACGUGGAUGUCAGUCACUGAGCUGGAAUAAUCUGCGUGUCAGAUAAAUGAAGCACCCCCAGUGGUCCAAAUCGCACUUCAACUUCUAGACCUCAGCAAACUUCUUUUAUUUACCUGAAGGAUUAAAUCAAAUCUGAUCAUUUCCAUCAACCCAAACAGUCAAUGGCAGAUUGAAGAAAUUGAACAGUCUGUUAGUCUCUGUCAUCAGGAAUAGUAAAAAACAAACCAUCUGGAGAGCAUUGAAGGCCAGCAUGCAUGUUUCAUUGCAUCAGGUUAAUUUACGAAAUCAGGUUUUUCCCAAAUCAUGAACAAAUGUUUCCCUGAAUCAACAUUUCCAUGAGAUCUUUAAGAUAGUAGGGAUGAUUGUGCAGUAUGCUAUCAUAUGCACCUGAUGCAUAGCGAGGGCGGUUCAGCCUGUUGAGAAGUGAAUGCACAGUGAAAGCAGUAUGUUCCAGUGUUACGCCAAAUUCUGCCUGCCUGCAGAGGCUAGUAAAAACGAUAUGGAUUAUUGACAGGCCACCAGCAAGGUGAGAGAGAAAGAGAGAGUUGGGCAAAGAGCACUGCACACAGCUCUACAAUGAAGAAAUAUUUUGUGUCAUUAAAGUAAGUGUUAACAAUUUUUUUAUGAAUAUAAAUUAAUUAUGGUGGCUGCCAAAGUCAAAACCACGGGGGUCUAUCUGACUGCAUCUUGAAGCAUUUUGGUCUGUGCCUGUGGAUAACACCUCUUGGAAAUUGAAAAUGAACUGAUGUUCCAGAACCAUUUGCAAAAGCAAAUUGGCUUGACAAUGCCAUACUAGGAAAUUAGCAUAACAGGUCCCAUUCUAAAGAGUGAAAAAUUGACUACGAUUAUAACAGUUUGAAACAGUUUUGAUGUUUUGUCAAAGACGUCUAUGAAUUGUGUCGAUGUGUAGUGGUGUAUUAAAUGUAUUCCUGUUAACAUCUGCACUGUAAGAGAGUUGAAUCUUGGGUGUGAUUGGACUGUCUCAGUCUUGGAACAUGGUACAGAGAGUACCAUGUUCAUUUUUUUUUAAAGUUCCAUCAGCCCACUGAUGCAUUGGACCACUGGGAUUUGUCCCAGUAGGCUGUGUCCUAUGGUCAGUCUGAUAAUGGCACAGCAGAAGGGGGGUAGGGAGUAGAGAUCAGAGAUUGCAUUGUCCUGCUUUCUACAACAGGAGUGGACACUCCAACCUUCUGCAAACAUGCUGCCCAUCACUGGUAUGGAUUAUGAAUUUGCCAGUUUUCAUACAUUGCCCCUUUAAAAAGAUCUAUAUUUGUUAAUGUUAUGUUUCUGAUGCCAACAGACACAAUAUAAUUCUGAAUAUGAUUGACAUAUGUGAAACAGAUUUGAAUCCGUGUGAGCAUGUGUGUUUUUAUGUGUGCAGUGCAUGAGUAGGUAAAUACAGAUGUAGUGUGUUUGUGCUGUAUAUAUUUGUUAUUAUUGAUCCACCUUGCUGAAUUUUACAUUGACAAAUAUAUUGAUAACAAUUAAUUUAUGAAGUGUAUGUACAUUUUCUAUGGAGACACUUUAUGUAUGCUGCCAAAUAGACUCUUGUCUGACAAAUAUUGCACUAGUAUGUAAUAUAGUCACCUUCACGUGGUGAGAUAACAGUCAAAAGAAAAGUGCAAUGUGCUACAAAGCACAAACUUUGUACCGUGCCAAAUUAUGUGCCAGUUUUCACUGUGAUGAAAAACUCCACACAGCCCACUCUUAACAUUGUAGCAUCAUAUGAACUUGAACUCAGGUUUCAGAAGGUCAUCAGCAACCCCCUCAAGUUGUUCCACAAACAUGAAUCAUUUUCUUCAGAGAGGUGUUUCAGAGGUGUUGAGCCUCGAUUACUCGAUCAUUUUGUGUUUCAUUAAAUAGUUUAAAGUGCUUCAAAUUAUCAUCAUGCAGUAAAUGUUGAUAGCACAAUGUAUUGGCUGUAGAACAAUUACACCAAUAGCAUUUAGAUAGGUUCCCCAUAAACCUCACUUUCACUAUGCAAUUCUGGCUGAAAUUUCGCUGCAAAAAUGGAUGCUUGAUGCACUUGUACAAAAAGGAAGUAUGUCUCCCAUUGCUCAACCAAAACAGGAAGAGGAUUUCACUUAUAUAUUAACAACAGCUGCCUGCUUGUUCAUGCAGCUGGGUGGUUUACGCUGCCUUUAUCGUGGCAAUCUUGUAAGUGGACAUAAUCAUAACAUUUCUGUCUGUGGAUAUUUAUAUGAACAAGUAUUUACUAUCAAGAUCUCGCCAGUGCAGGUCUUGUCAUUUUCAGUUUGCAUUUUCUCCUUGCGUCAAACAAAAUUGCAGUAAAUCAUAUUAAUGAAUCCCAAUACGUGAAGAAUUGUAAAGUAAAACUAAUAAUACACAUUGAAUAAUUACACAAGUAUCGUGAUAGUCUCCAAUUGGGAGAGUAGUGUUUCCUGCCAGCCCUUGUAUAAAAAUUACCUCUCAAACCCUCCACCCCAGUGCCAACCCCUGCUCUAGUUACAUGUAUUUGCAUGAAGUACUUUUACUCUAUACAAAACCGUGCUUUUUUAUUCCCUCAUCUUUGCAAACUAACGUUGAUUGUUUUUAGUCCCUGUGUUGUUGGUAGCUGCUCCGUUCUUUGAGAAAAGGUUAGUGGGUUGUCUAUUGCCACUUUAAUAAGUCUAAGUGAAGCAAAUAUGUAAACUACAGCCGGCGGAGCUGAUAAACCUAGCUUAGCAUAGACACUGGAAACAGGAAAACAAAACAGUUGUUAAACCAGACAUGAAUAUAGAGAAUUACAUAAGCUCAGAUCUGGCUUUGUAAAACUACUUCAUCCUGUGGAGUUCAUUCUUGAUUGCAGCAAUACUCUCACAACAAAACGUGAAGUCUUAUUUAGUUUUUUUACAUUAGGCUGUCAUUGGCAUGUCGUCAGUGACUUCAGGUUGCUUCGGCUGUCAUGGGUUUACCUCAGGUGAUGACUAUGGAACUAACUUCAUCAAAUCCCUGAUAUGUAUGGUUUCAUAUUUGUUUCAUAUCCAAGCAAAUAAUGAGACAUUUCAGCAUACAGAGAUAAUAAAUUAUAUCAUAAUCAUAUUAAUAUAAUAUACAUAUAUAUUUAUAUAUGUAUAUAUAAAAAUCGAAAAACAUCCCCUUGCAGGCACUGAUGUGAGACACAGUACAUCGGUAUCAUACAGAUGCAGCUCUACAAAAAGCUUGGGGAAUACUUUUGGUUUGUUUAUUUCAUAAAGCUUGAUCCUUGAGAUUUUGAGAUUCUGGUUUUUAGCUUAACUUAAUUCAGACUCGCCACAUUAAAAGAUGCUCUUCUGGACCUUUUUACUGAAACACCUCUCUGGUUCAUGGUAUUUAGCAACAUAUUUUUAAUUUCACUCAGUUAAACUCAUCCUUACAUUUUAUUCUACAUUUAGGCCAAACUUAGGCCUUCAAAGGGACACUAUUCAAUUCAAAGAGGGAUGUCACCCUGUCAUAUAUUGUAGAUUAAACACAGAUGGUCACUUUUAUGUCAACAUAUCCCAGUUUGAUGUAUCACAGGCGUGAUACAUCAAACGACACUAACUUUCAGCCUGAAGUUGAUGACUGUGUACAUGUGAUGUGUUGUUGUGUCCCAGUGUUGCGACAGCUUUAAACCCAUGGACAGAGAUCACCUUUCAGCAUUCAACUGAUACUGAAGGAUACUGUCCAAGCAUGAAACCAUUUUAAUGUGGCAUUUUUUUAUUUCUCACUUGCUAUUGUGGAUUUCAACAAUGUAAAGAAACAAGUGGACACCUUGUGAGACAAAGGGAGUGCCAAUAUGAGCACUGUGUGUUGUCUGCACUCGAAAUAAAGAUUUACUGUGAUACA